GGUGGCUGGGCGCAUCACGUUCGGGGACGGAGAGGCCCUGUAUGCGGAAGGGGAAGGGACCGUGGAGCUGCUGUGCAAGGUGCCGGGGGGUGAGCAGCUCGUGACCCUCACCGACGUGAAGUACGUGCCAGGGGUGCCGGUGAACCUGUUCUCGGUGAGUCGGGCCCAAGUCUCAGGGGCUGAGGUGGUGUUCAGGCAGGGAAGGAGCCAGGUCCUACUUGACGGUGAUGUGAUGAUGGAGGCUAGACUGUCUGAGGGGGUCUAUGUCGUCGAGUUGGCCGGGGCUGUGUGCAACGUGGUCAAGAGCGAGUCGGCAACGUUGUGGCACAGAAGGCUGGGGCAUGCAGGGUUCGAAACCCUGGCAAAGAUGGCUGAGAACGGCUGUGUGAAGGGGGUCGGGGUUAGCGCGGACGAGUUUCGAGGGGAGCUAACCCGGGUCUGUGAGCCGUGCGUGAUGGGGAAGCAAACGCGAACGCCUUUUCCGGCAAAGAGGGAGAGCGCAACGGUGGUAGAGAAGCCCCUGGAUCUGGUGCACACAGACGUGUGUGGCCCGAUGCCAGAAGAGUCAAAGGGGGGCAGCCGGUUCUUCGUGACGGUGCUGGACGACUACAGCAAGCUGUCGGUGGUGACGCCGAUCCGGAAGGAGAGCGAGGUGAAGGACGUGUUAGAGGGGGUGUUCAACCGGUUAGAGACGGAGACCGGUAACCGGGUGAAGUCGGUUCAAAGUGACCGGGGGAGUGAGUAUCUGAACAAGGAAAUCAAGCAGAUGUACCGGAGCCGUGGGAUCAUCCAGCGGACGACGGCUCGGUACAGUCCGGAGGAGAACGGAGCGGCAGAGGCGCUUAACCGUCGGUUGGAGGAGAGAACGCGAGCGAUGCUGGAAGAUUCGGGGUUGCCCGAGCGGAUGUGGGCAGAGGCGGUGGUUAGUGCAAACUACACCCGAAACCGGACGCUGGUCAAGGAGCACGGGAAGACUCCGUUCGAGAUGCUGACGGGUAGGAAGCCGGACCUGAGCAGGAUGCGGGUGUGGGGAGCGCCUGCCUACAUGCACGUGCCAAAGGGGCUGCGCACGAAGCUGAAACCAGUGAGCGAGAAGGGGUGGUUCGUGGGGUACGAGCCAGAUUCGACGGGUUAUCGGUUCCUGCGGAAGAAAGACGGGGCGAUCCUGGUGACGCGGGACCUGAUCGUCGACGAGGGUGUUGCAGCGGGAAGCGUGGUGGAAGACGAGGUGGCAGAGCCCAAGUCGGAGAAACCAACCGGGGGAACGGAACCGGGGGAGUCUGCGCCUCAGGCAGAAAAGCUGGAAGUGGUCGAGGAGAUCGACCUGCGGAGCGACGAUGAGGGGGAAGACGGGAAGCGCUAUCCGACGCGGGUACGCGUCGCUCCUAUGCGGUAUGCCAACGUGGCGCGGGCACGUGGCGGUGACACGUGGCAGACGGAGGAUACCUCUGUCGUCGUCGAGCCGAGCUCCGACGCAGGGAAGGAGCAGGGGGGUGCUCGCGGCCUUAGCCGUGUGAGCCCCCCUGUCUCAGCUGGUGCGGGGGCUACUCCCAAGGGAGAGGCCAGUGCCGGCACGCUGGGUGAGGGCCAUAGCGCGCAAAAUACGUCGGAGGGCCGAAAUGGGGCCAAAACGUAUAUUCCGCCCCUAGAGACACCCAGCGAGGGUUUGGGGUUGAAAGAACCUCAGUCGUACCAGGAAGCCGUAGGGGGAGAGCAGAGUGAGAUCUGGCGGCAGUCCAUGGACGACGAGAUGCGGAGUCUGCUGGAGAACGGGACGUGGGAGUUGGUCCCGAAACCUGAGGGGGUGAAGCCGGUCCCGAUGAAGUGGGUUUACAAAAUCAAACGGGACGCAGCCGGGAACAUCGAGCGGUUCAAAUCGCGGCUGGUGGCGAAGGGGUUUCUCCAGCGGCAGGGGGUGGAUUUCGAGGAGGUGUACGCGCCGGUGUCGAAGCACACGACGCUGAGGGCGCUGUUGGGAGUCGUUGCGGCAAGGGACUUGGAGCUGCACCAGCUGGACGUCAAGACGGCGUUUCUGAACGGUGAGCUGGAGGAGGAGAUUUACAUGCAGCAGCCGCAGGGGUACGAGCAGGGCGGACCGGAGACGGUGUGUCGUCUGAAAAAGACGAUCUACGGGUUGCGCCAGGCGCCAAGGGCGUGGCACCAGAAGCUCAAGACGGAGUUGGGGGAGAUCGAGUUUCGGGCCUCGGAGAGCGACGCGGCGCUGUUUACGGGAGUGAUAGACGGGGAGCGGGUGUGGGUGGUCGUCUGGGUGGACGACAUCCUGAUUGCUGCAAAGGGGGAGCAGCGGUUGGCCAAGGUGAAGGCGCACCUGUCGGAGAAGUUUGACGUGCGAGACCUGGGACCGGCGGAGUACUUCCUGGGAAUGGAGCUGACGCGCGACAGGCGCGCGCGCACGAUCAAGCUGACGCAGAAGAAGCUGACGAAGGAGCUGCUGGGGCGGUACGGGCUGGAGGCAGCAAAGGCGCGGAGCACGCCGCUGUCGUCGGGGGAGAAGCUGCAGAGAGAGGGGGAUCCCCUUGACACCGGCAAGUACCCCUACAGUGAGCUGGUCGGGAGCCUGCUGUACCUGAGUGUGUGCACGCGGCCGGACAUCGCGCAGGCGGUCGGGGCGCUGGCGCGCUACAUGGCGGGGCCGACGGAGGAGCACUGGCGGGCGGCGCUCGGGGUGGCGCGCUACUUGUCCGGGACGGCAGAGCUGGGAGUGACGUUCGGGGGGAGCGCAGAGCCGCUGGUGGGCUACGCAGACGCGGACUACGCGGGAGACGUGGACAGCCGCAGAUCCACGACCGGGUACGUCUUCCUGGUGUACGGGGGAGCCGCAAGCUGGUCGAGCAGGCUGCAGCCCACGGUGGCAGCCUCGACGGUUGAGGCGGAGUACAUGAGCGCGGCGAGUGCCGCGAAGGAGGCGCUGUGGCUGAAGAAGCUGUGCGGAGAUCUGGAGCUGCCCGGGGGAGUUGUCCAGAUCUACGGGGAUAAUCAGGGGGCGCUGCAGUUGCUGAAGCACCCAAUUGCUUCGCAGCGCACCAAGCACAUCGACGUGCUGCAUCACUUCGUGCGAGAGAGAGUCGCUCGGGGGGAGCUGCGGUACGAGUACAUUCCGACGAAGCAGAUGGUGGCGGACGUCUUCACUAAGCCGUUGGACCCGGGCCAAUUCAGAGCGUGCAGGG